GUUGAAGAGGGCAACAAAGGCACGUGAGGAUGUGCCCUCCACCACCAAUCCGCAAAAAGGGUAGGUUCCAAAAUGGUGGAGCAAAAGAGGAACGCGUUGUCCCGUUCACCAAAUGAAUCCGAGACCAGGCGUGCUUAGUAUGCUAAUGCUCUCCAGUCCCACGUGUAGCCCUCUCCAGUGGGAAGCACGUGACGCAGCGGAAAGCCCCCAGUCUGUGAAUCGAGGUUUGUCCACCCAAGGAAAGUGAUUGUUGAUGAGGCUUUAAUUGCAGAGGCUAGUCAUGUUUAAUUAGAUGAGCAGGAAAUGAAGGGGAACAUGAUUAUUACUGCACGGCUAUGCGGUUGAAGUGAUGGAUAAUCCAAAGACUGGGCAUGAUUGAGGCCACAGUUAAUGCCGACUGAAUCAAAAGCAAAAAAAAUCAAUCAAGGCUGAUCAGGGCAAGUGCCCUUCUGCUCCCACCACGUUCAGCUUUCCCAUAUUCAACUUUCCCCGCCUGCUUCCAUGAGCACCGCACUACCACCCCCCCCCCCCCAAUUUAAUAGGUUCGUCCCCAUCUUUUCUUUAAAAUAUUAACAAUUUCUCCCAAUCUAGCUACCCCCUCUUAAUUUUACUCUAUUUAUUUCCUUAUUUUUGCACAAAUACAAUUCAAUUCGUGGAGAUUAAUGUUAAUGCUAUUGUGAUUUCUUCCUACCUAGUAGUCUCUGCAUGGUAAACACUUGUUUUAUUAGUUAAACUUUGGGUUUGAAAGCCUAGAAAAACAACUUCAUGCGUCUUCAUACUUGAGCUGUUUUUUUUUUUUUCAUUCUUUUUGUUGAGAUUUGGUGCAAAUAGAGCCAUUUGAAAAUUUUCUCCGAAAAUAUUUUUCUCGUAUUUUAAUUUUAGAAUUGGAGUGCAUAUUUUUCCAUAGAAAAUUUGGAAUUUUUCAACCAGCAAAAUACCAUGUUUGUCCAAUCUAUAUUUAUGCUUCCUCCAGCCAAAGCAAGUUCUCUCAUGUAUAUUAUUUGUUAUCUUAUUUUGAAGUGCUAGUGUGUUGGUAUUCAUUGUUUUAAUCGUUCAGGUGAAACCGUGAAAUUUUCAGUCUCCAUUCCAUUGCCUGCUUAUAUAGCAUCUUACAUGGAGUUUUUAAAAUUCAAACACUUGUGUCAUUUCUUUCCUGCCAGAUAGGCUACCCUGUAACACUUUGUCUUAUUAUGCCAUUUUAGCGAGACAUUGAGCCCAGGAAAACAAAUGUCUUUCAUAAAUGAAGGAAAGGCUUAUUUCAACAAAGAAUCAGACUAACUCUAGUUGCUCCUUUUUUGUAUAUAAUAUAUUCUGAAAUAAGUAUGAUUAAGUAUGAAUUAUAUAUUUAUUAAAAAAUUAUACAUUCUUCGUGUUAUUAUUAAAAAGAUUAACUACUUAGUAUUUUUAAAUAAAGAAUGUAUAAAAAAAAAUGAAUAUGAACUUGUUCAAAUAAAUGGUCUAUCAUGAUUCCUUAGCUAUUUGCCCGGAUAAACUAUCACUGUUCUUCAUUUGUUCUGCUAGAGUAUGCUGGUUUGGUGUGUGUUUAAUGUUACUAACUGUUGGCUUCAAGAUUAUUUUUUUCAUGGAUUUUGACGAUCACAUGUAUUAAUUUUCAAGUUAUUAAUUAAUAAACAGUUAUUUCCAAAUUGAGAUUUAUGCAAUGCAUUUCUGGAUUUAAGGAUUGCUUAUUUCCGCAUAUGUCUGAUGUGUAAUUUCUGUAUGUAGAAAUAAAUCGUGAUCAGCUGGCUAGCAUUUAUUAUUGGAAAUAAUUGUAUCUUUUGCUAAGGAUAACCGAGAUUAAUGCAACCGCUUUUUAGUUGAAGCUAUUAUUGUUGGAUGAUGACUGAGAGUAUAUGAUGAUCAAGGGAGGAUUGAAGAAUCAAAUUUCGAAGGAAGACGCUGAUAUACAGCAUAAGAAAUCAGAAAUCCAUGCUAGAAUUUGAAGCAGUAAUUAUUCGCGUGCUAUGCAUAUAUCUCUGCUUGUAAUAGGUUUGAAUUCCCUUGCGUGUUAAUAAAAGUCUCCGCCAAAGACUACCGAGCGCCUUGAAUCAACUAGCAAGAGUUUGUUCCAAUUCCACCAGUGGUUUCGAAUUCCAGUCUUGAUAAUGUAAUAUGUUAAGACUAUGUGGUAGAGGAUAGUGAUCGAAGGGGAUCCGGACUAGUCCCUCAACGCUCUAAAUUAAAGCAAGUUUUACUGUUCUCUAUUUUAUUUUAGGGGUUCUAGCAGAGGGAAAUUAAAAAAGAAUGAGGGGGCUCUAGGCGCCAAAGAGAUAGCAAUGAAGGAAGGUGAUCCAUCUGUGCAGUUAAGUUGGAUGGUGAUUUUGCCAGCAAGCAAAGCCUUGUCCCUUUCAUGCAGGACAUGGCAGGAGACAUUGAUUUGAACCUCAAUUUCAGCAAUUUAUUGAUCUUGUCAUGCUCCUCUCUCGACAUCCUAUUCUCUAGGUCUCAUUUCUCUCCCUAUAAAACCAUCCCUCCUUCCCCUUCAUCUUCUGCAUCUGCUUUAGGUUUUCGCAUAUACACAUACAAACACCAACAUUCGUCAACAUUCCAGCUUGAUCAAGAUGGUUAUGCUACCUACCCGCCGCCUUCUUCUUGUUGCUUUUCUCUUCUUUUGCAUCGUCUCUUCAGCAGCUUCAGCCAGAAGUUUGAGGGAGACGAGACAUGUUGAUGAGAAGGCACAGCAGGGACCGAUUAGUGCGUUUAAUCAGAAGGUGCAGAGCCAAAGCGGAGAACAAUUAAAUGGUGAUGAUGACUUGGUCACCAUGGACUACACUCCUGCCAAAAAGAACCCUCCAAUCCAUAAUGAAGCAAGUGAUGGAAUAUUUAAGCCAAAAGAAAAUGAGGGGAAUGCAGAAGGUAAAGUAUUCUCGAUGGAUUACACUCCAGCUAGGAGGAAGCCCCCGAUUCACAACUAACAUUAAACAUAGUGUUCUCAAUCAAAUUUCUGCAUAAUUUUUGUACCAUAUAUAUGGCUUGAUUUUCGUGCUUGCUAUAUAUUGUAUAAAAAAUGUAAUUACGCAGAAUAUACGGUAACAAAGUCUCUUUGCCUUUUCAUCUGAAAAAGCUGUCCAUAUGAUCGAUAUAUUAUAUUUUUCUUUCAAAAAAAAAGUUGAUAAAUAAUGGUCAAAAAAAUUAUGUUGUCUUUUUUAAUAAUAAGUGUAAAACAAAAGGGAUCGAGCAGCACUAGCUUUUUAAAAUAAAAAUCAGAAAAAUUUAACAAAAGUAUAGGUGGUGGUUAUUUGAUCCGGUAAACUUAUCAACGAAUUCUAAUAAUAAAUUGUGAUGUGUAUUAUCUGGAUUGAUCUCAGCGCCAAGCAGAGAAAUGGCUGAGUGCUAUGAGUUAUGACCAUCGAAAGCUAGGCAUGGACAAGUGCUCCGACUAAUGGAGCUGAAGGAAGAGGGGAAUAGAGAGGAACGUUGAGACUUACACUUAACAUUCCUUUAAUCUCUAACAUCCUGCAAAGCUUUUUGGCAGAGUACGGAAAAACUAGAUGCUGCAGAGGCCAUUCGUCGAAUGCACAGAAGUAGAUGAGCUUGGCCGGAUAUAUGAACGACACGCUGCCAUUGACAUGCUGUGACUAUGCUCUAAAGCGCAGGCUUGGUAAACCUCGGUAUCCAAAUUGUUCUCUUGUGGCAACGACGUGGUUAGCUCAAGGAGCGAGUUGCAAGAGAGAGGAUUUAGUUUCUUCUACGCUGGUUUAAUUCCCUCCAGACUUGCAAUUGCUUGUGGCCAAUGGUUGCCAACUAUGUUUCACAAUUUGCCUGUAUUUCUCAUUACUUUCAAGAAAAUAUAUGAAAAUAAUGUUUCAAUGAUUACCUUGAAAUUUGCCAGUGCUACAAGGCGAUAUAUAUGAUUUCCAUUGUUAAGCUCUUUAUCUGUUAUCGUGAGAGUGUAUCAUUGUUUGGAUAUACAUUAUUGCUCCCUUGCAAAUAGAUCCUGUGGAAACAUGUUGGUGCAAUGGUGCUUGAUUCUGUCACCACAUGGUCCAGUUCAGUCGUGCCUUCUCAAUUCUACCUUGGAGGUUAAGAACCUAUUUAACAUUCCACACUCGAAUAGAAAGAGUUAAGUAGCAGUUGCUCUGCUAUGGCGCAGCAUGAGAUAUUGAAAGGCACGAUGAAGUUCACAACACAUCAGAGCAAGGGAGGCUAUUUAACAAAUAUAUAUAUAUAUAUAUAUAUCACAAUUUGAUUCCUUUCGACCUGUAUUAUUC